CUGUUACUUACCGUUUCUUCAGUGCUGCAGGAAUGGCUGAGACUGCAGUUUAUCCGGCAUUUCGGCUCGGACAGUCGCGAUAUGACCAGAGCUACUUCCUUGGUAGGUUCAGACACUUUAUAGACAUCAUCGAUCCCAGGACUCUUUUUGUAUCAGAGACUCACCUAAAGGAAUGUAUUGCACUCCUGAAUGACUGUAAACGAGGCACUCUUCCCCCAGGAACAACAGAUCAACAGUUAUGGGAGGCUCAAAAGGUGAAGCAGGCUAUUAUUCACCCUGACACUGGACAGAAGAUCUUCAUGCCUUUUCGCAUGUCAGGUUAUGUUCCUUUUGGAACACCAAUAGUGGUGGGUCUUCUCCUUCCAAACCAGACUCUGGCAUCCACUGUGUUCUGGCAGUGGUUAAAUCAGAGCCAUAAUGCCUGUGUGAACUUUGCCAACCGCAAUGCCACAAAGUUGCUGCUUAAAGCAGGACAUCUGUUCUGCAUCUGCUCCCCCGACCCCAGGCCAUCAGCACGCCAGGCUGUUAGUCCCACACCCACAUUUAGAUUUAUUCAGGGCUACCUGGGAGCUGUGACGAGUGCCGUCUCUAUUGCGGUGGGUUUAAAUGUACUCAUUGAUAAAGCCAAGAAAUUUAACCCUGCUACCCGACUCAUCAUACAGAGAUUCGUCCCUUUUCCUGCUGUAGCCAGUGCAAAUGUGUGCAAUGUUGCUUUAAUGAGACACAAUGAGCUCUCAGAGGGGAUUGAUGUGCUAGACAAGAACGGGAAUGUGGUGGGCUCCUCACGGAUAGCUGCAAAGCAUGCACUGAUGGAAACAGCAUUUACACGUGUAGUCCUGCCAAUGCCCAUCUUUGUCCUCCCUCCUAUAAUCAUGGCCUUUGUGGAAAAGCUUCCAGUGAUGCAAGCCCACCGCAGGCUCAUGCUGCCUGUCCACAGUUUGGUGUGUUUGGCAGUAUUUGGUCUGUCUCUGCCCCUUGCUAUCAGCCUCUUCCCACAAAUGUCAGAGAUUGAGACAUCUCACCUUGAGCCAGAAAUUGCCAUGGCAACAGAUUGCAAGGUGCUGACCUACAACAAGGGACUGUGAAAAAAGACUGUGAAGAAAGAGGGAGAGAGAGUGUUAUAGAGUGACAGCAUGAUGGAAAGUGAGUGACAGAGAGAGAGAGAGCGCAAGAGAGAGAGAGAGAAAGUGAGGGUGAUCAGGAGUGAAGGCAGAUGGUAUUAUUCUGUUUAAGCAGUAACCACUACUAAAGGCUACAAUACUAUACAAUGCAGGGCAGAUGCUGUCAGGAAGGGAUUUUAUAUACUGUAGCACUCAGAGCAAUACUCACAUCCUUUAACCAACCUUUUCUGAACUUUAAAGCAAUUAAAAUGUAUGUGAAUGUAUACAUUUAUUACCAAUAAUAAUAUGUAUUUUGUGCAAUAGUAUUAAUCUAACAAACACAAAUGAGGCCUUAUAUUACAGUUAUGCCAGGCCUGUUAAUAAAGACAUACAACUAUUGUCUUUUUUAUGUACAUUUGCUAGCAUGCAUAUAAUUCCACUUAAAAUAGAAUUAAUGAAAGCAGACAGUGGAUUGGUGUUGUCUAAUAAUGUAGUUAAAGAAUACACAAACAUAUUUUUAAAUGUGAUGAUGAUUUAAAAUGACUCCUGGUUAAUUUGUUAACAAUGUUUGUUUCUAUUUACAGUUUGCAAGUCUGAUUAUAUUUGUUAUUGUAAUGUUAGUUUACAUUUUCCCAUAUGAAACAGACUUUCUUAGUACUUUUGUAAAAACUGAUUCAGGGAGCAUCUCACAGAAAAGACCCCACAACAUCAAACUGCCCUUUUUUGAUGUGCAUAAGUCAAGGUGAUAAUAAAAUAUGACUACAGGAACAUAUGAGAUAUUGUACUUUGCCAGGGCUGGUGACUGUUACAGGAGUUACUAAGAAUUUUAAUUAUAGGCUGAGUAUGUGCAUUACUCACAGUUACCUAACAGUGCAGUACAGUAUAUCACAUGAGCAGUGCAUAGUGUCAGCAAAUGCCAAAAUAGGGGUUACUACAUAUGCUCAGUAUUCCCAAAGGCUUUUCGCCUUUUUGUGAUAAUGUAGUACACCACAGGUAACACCUAGACUCAUCCAUUUGUUUACUGUGGCCCAGCUGAAGAAAACGUUUAAGAACCACUGUAAGAAGAAUAACCUCCUAGCUUAUUUCUGUUAUUGACUUGGGCAUUAAAACAUUUAUAUAUUGAUUUAAAAUGUAUGAACUGAUGUAUGAAAUAAUAUUUUAAAUAUGUGUAUGCCAGUAGCCAAUUUACCAUGACAUUCUGUCCAAUAACAGUGAAAUACUCACAAUGACUUACUAA